AACCUUGAUGUUGUCGUCACGCUGAGGCAACAUGAGAGAGAAACCCCUGCCUCCGUCCUUCUAUAGGGCGGGGCUCAGGAAGCAGGAGCUGGAGAAGAGUGUGCAGUGGGCCCAGGAGAAUGACAAGAGUCUGAGGCAGAUCCAGGAUUCGCUUGCCAGCACCGACCGACACCUUACUGCGUACCUGGCUGACCACAUCGACGCCCAGCAGAUACCGCAGGAGGCUCAGAAAAUCCAAGCGGAGCUGAGCGGCCAUGAGGCAACCCUGGAGGACAUGAAGAAGAAGAACCAGGACAAAGACCCGAGGGUUAUGGGACAGAUAGACCUCACACAGAAAAUGCUGGCAAACGUGUGGACGAAGUUCCGGCUCUUCCAGAAGCCGGCCAACUUCGACACUCGUCUGACCGAGUGCGAGCGCUUGCUGGCUGGGGUGAAAAGCCAGGGGGGGGUCCUGGACAUCCGCAGUGUGGAGCAGGACGUGGUGCAGUCACAGCUGGACCAGUGCAUGAAGUUGUAUAAGGUGCUGAGUGAAGUGAAAGGGGAGGUGGAGACGGUGAUAAAAACCGGCAGGCAGAUCGUGCAGAAGCAGCAGACGGAGCAGCCCAAAGAUAUGGACGACAGGGUGACCGCCCUGAAGCUGCUCUACAACCAGCUGGGCUCUCAGGUGACGGAGAGUAAGCUGGAGCUGGAGAAGAGUCUGAAGUUGUCCAGGAAGCUGCGUAAGGAGCUCAACGGGCUGACGGAGUGGCUCGCUGCCACCGAUGCUGAGCUGACCCGGCGCUCCGCUGUGGACGGCAUGCCCAGCGACCUGGAGGCGGAGGUGGAGUGGGCACAGUCGAUCCACGAGGAGACGGAGAGGCGCCAGCCGCAGCUGCAGGCCGUGGUGGACCUGGCGGAGGCCCUGAAGGCGGUGCUGCGGGGCCACGGGGGCCUGGUGGACGACAAAGUCAGCCUGCUGCGCUGCAACUGGAUCGCUGUCACAUCCAGAGCAGAGGAGUGGCUCAACCUGCUGCUGGACUACCAGAGGCAGAUGCAGAAGUUAGAUGGAGAGAUAAAGGAAGUGAACGGAUGGAUCGACGGAGCGGAGAAGAAGAUGGAUGAGAUAGCGAGCCAGGGACCCAACGACGCUGCGCUCAAGGUGUUGCGUGCGGAGCUGGAUCUGACGAAGGGAAAGAUGGAGGGGGUGAGGACUCUGGCCAAGGAGCUCAUGUCCACCAGGGGGGAGAAGUGCCAGGUCCAAGUGAGGCCCAAAGUGGAGCAGCUCAACCACAGAUUUGAGAUCAUCGCACAACGCAUCAGCAGCGGAAUGACGGCAGCGUCGGCUAAGGAGCUGGAGCAGUACCACAGUGAAGCUCAGAUCUGGCUGGAGCUCCUGGAGGAGGAAGUGAAGCAGGGGGAGAACCUGAAGGAGGAGGACUUCCAGGAGGACAAGGACUGUGAGGAAGGUGCAGUGAAGGAGUUGCUGUUGAAAGGAGAGAAUCUACAGAAGAGGGCCCCGGAUCAGGACAAGAGGGAGCAGAUCAGGCUGAAGCAGAACCAGCUCAACAGCAAGUACAACACCGUCAAGGUGGACAUUGAGAGCUGA